ACAUGUUUGAGCGCGUUACAGACCCUGGGCUUAUUGCCCUAAUUGUUUUGUUUUAAUUUGUGUUUUUGGUUUUGCGUCAGAUUUUUAUGCACUGUUUAUUAUUUCCAGCCGAAGGGCUUUUCUUCCUGCUUUUAAAGAAAAUGGAUUUCAAAUCUCAGUGUUGUUGGAUGAGCUGAAAAAACGCAAGUGAAAGGAAGUCAAGACAUUUUAAUUUAAAAAAAAAAAAAAAAAAAAAAGUUGUGGAACUGGUUUCAUCAUGGAUUCUACAUCAGAUCGAACUCCAAAAGGUUCACAACGCUCUCCAAAGAAAACCCCACAGAGCUCUGGCAAGCGGGAAAAGCGCAACCAGAAACCAAACCUUCAUGAGGUAAAGAAUAAAGGAAGACGUGACCGAGGCAAAGCAGAAGAGGAGAUGACAAAAAAAAACAUGGAUUCGCACGAGAAGCCGAAAGCAGUCGGAACCGGUCUGGUUUACUCCGAGCUCUUUUCCCGUUAUCGCUGUCUGUGGGACUCCAGUCACCCCGAGUGUCCCGAGAGAGUGACUACUGUGGUGGGGAUGAUGGAGACCGAGGGGCUGCUGUCUCGAUGCCUGCAGGUGGAGGCGAGAGCUGCUUCAGACGACGAGCUCUCUCAGGUUCACACGAGGGAAUACAUCGAUCUGAUGAGGUCCACUGAGAAGAUGACGGAAGAGGAGCUGAAGUGCGUCUCCGAUCGCUACGACUCCGUCUACCUCCAUCCAGACUUGUUCUCAUGUGCCUGUUUAGCUGCCGGCUCUGUCCUCCAGCUGGUCGACAAGGUGAUGACAUCAGAGCUACGCAACGGCUUCGCCGUGUCCAGGCCUCCAGGACAUCAUGCCCAGGCUGAGCAGAUGAAUGGAUACUGCAUGUUUAAUAACGUAGCAGUGGCAGCGCGUUACGCUCAGAAACAACACGGUGUCCAGAGGGUUCUGAUUGUGGACUGGGAUGUGCAUCACGGUCAGGGAAUCCAGUACGCCUUCCAGGAGGAUCCCAGCGUCCUGUAUUUCUCUGUACAUCGGUACGAGGAGGGCUCCUUCUGGCCUCACCUGCCCGAGGGAGACAGCAGUGCUGUGGGUUCAGGACCAGGCGAAGGCUACAACAUCAACGUGCCCUGGAUCAAGACUGGGAUGGAGGACGGAGAUUACAUCGCUGCUUUCCAGAGAAUUCUGAUGCCCGUAGCCUAUGAGUUUCAGCCUCAGCUCGUGUUAGUAGCAGCCGGUUUUGACUCCGUAGCUGGUGAUCCCAAGGGUGAGAUGUGUGCGAGUCCGCAGUGUUUCUCUGUACUGACCCACAUGCUGAUGGGUCUGGCCGAGGGACGGAUCGUGCUCUCUUUGGAGGGAGGCUACAACCUGCAGGCCACAGCAGAGGGGGCAUGUUCUAGCUUGAGGUCACUCUUGGGUGACCCCUGCCCUCAUCUGAACUCACCAGGGGCUCCGAGCGAGAGUGCGUUGACGUCCAUCUCUAAGACAGUUUCUGCUCUGUAUCCAUUUUGGACCAGCUUGCAGACUCUGGAGGGAGGCUCUCUUUCUGAGGCACAGCCCUUACCCUCAGCCGUGUGUGUGGAGAAACUGGAAUCCUCCGAACGAGUUACCGGACUGGUUUACGACGAGCGUAUGAUGGAGCAUCACAACAUGUGGGACAGCCAUCACCCUGAACUCCCUCAGAGAAUUUUCCGGAUCUUCUCCCACCAUGAGGAUUUGGGGCUCGUGGACCGUUGCCGGCGGAUACCGGCUCGUUUAGCAACAGAGCAGGAGCUUGCACUUUGUCACGGAUCAGAACACAUUGCUAUGAUAAAGAGCACCGAGCAGAUGAAGCCCAGAGAUCUGAACAGACUCGGGCACGAAUAUAAUUCCAUCUACAUCAGUAAAGAGAGCUAUAAAUGUGCACUGCUGGCAGCUGGAGCAUGUUUUAAUGUAGCUCAGGCCAUCCUCACUGGCCAGGUGAGGAACGGCGUGGCGAUUGUACGUCCACCCGGGCAUCACGCAGAGAGAGACGCCGCCUGCGGCUUCUGCUUCUUCAACACGGCUGCCCUGACCGCUCGCUACGCUCAGAGCAUUACCCACAACGCCCUGCGCGUCCUUAUCCUCGACUGGGAUGUGCACCAUGGCAACGGCACACAGCACAUCUUUGAGAACGAUGACAGCGUUCUCUACAUCUCUCUCCAUCGCUACGAGGACGGCUCGUUCUUCCCCUGCUCGGAGGACGCCGAUUACGAUAAAGUGGGCCGAGGGAAAGGUAAAGGCUACAACGUCAACAUUCCCUGGAACAAAGCCAGGAUGGGCGACGUGGAAUAUCUAGCAGCCUUCCACCAUGUGGUGAUGCCGAUAGCACGAGAGUUUGCUCCGGAGCUGGUCCUCGUCUCGGCCGGGUUUGAUGCCGCUCGGGGUGACCCGCUAGGGGGGUACCAGGUGACCCCGGAGUGCUACGGCCACCUCACACACCAGCUGCUGAGUCUAGCAGCAGGACGAGUUCUUGUCAUUUUAGAGGGAGGUUAUAACCUCACCUCCAUCUCCAACUCCAUGGCUAUGUGCACCAGCAUGCUCCUGGGUGACACGCCGCCGCUGCUGCCCCAUCUGCCCCCGCCACACCAGAGCGCUGCCGUCAGCAUCAACAACGUCCUGCGAGCACACGCCCCCUACUGGAGAUCUCUCAGAAUACAAAUUCCAGAGGCUCUGCGUUUGUCCUUGCCUUCUCCUAAAUCUAAAAUCAAGCGCACACCACCAGGAAAAGACAGAAAUUCCCCUCCUCUUGUUACCCCUCAACCGCGGAGCCAACGUACCCCGGUGCCGACUUCACCAGCGUCGCCUCCUACCGAUCAGGAAGACUCGGGGCUGGACGAGCUCACACAAGGCCUGCACGCUCUGGACCUGAGCACAUCCACCAUAUCUGCCACUUCCAGCCCCACCUCGGUCCAAGUGGGCGGGGCUAGACCUAAAGUCAAGCCCAGCCCACAGAGGACCUCGUCCUCAUCAGCGCAGGAAGCGUCGCCGGUCCGAGCGAAGGAAAAAGGUAUCGAGGACGGUGCCGUAAAAGCCGAGUCCACGCCGGUCAAACAGGAGAAUCAGGUCUCGCAGUCAGAAGAAUCAGGCACCGGAGCGGUGUGCGAUCAGGAGAGUCCUGCUCUGGAGGGAGCGUGUGGUUACACCAAGAAAACCAACUUCGAGCUUGUGUGCGGAACCACGAACAUAGCCGGGGAUACGAUGUACGUGGUGGAACCUUUGGCAUGGUGCCCACACUUGGAGUCAGUGUGUCCGGUGCCCGCGGGGGGCGUCGACGUGUUCCGGCCGUGCGAGGAGUGCGGCGCCGAAGCUGAGAACUGGAUCUGCCUCUGCUGCUAUAAGGUUUUGUGUGGGCGUUUUGUGAACGAGCACAUGGUGGUCCACGGUCUGGUGUCCUCUCACCCUCUGGUGCUGAGCUUCGCCGAUCUUUCAGUGUGGUGCUACUCCUGUGAGUCCUACGUCCACAACAAGGUGCUGUAUGAAGCCAAGAACGCUGCUCAUCUUGCUAAGUUCGGGGAGGAGAUUCCCCCCAUUGUCUAAUCUAUCACUAAGAAUAUUUCUGUGCAGGCAAACGUGAGUGUGUGAGAGUGUGUGAGAGUGUGUGAGAGUGUGUGAGAGUGUGUGAGAGUGUGUGAGAGUGUGUGAGAGUGUGUGAGAGUGUGUGUGUGAGAGUGUGUGUGUGAGAGUGUGUGUGUGAGAGUGUGUGUGUGAGAGUGUGUGUGUGAGAGUGUGUGUGUGAGUGUGUGUGAGUGAGUGUGUGUGAGUGAGUGUGUGUGAGUGAGUGUGUGUGAGUGAGUGUGUGUGAGUGAGUGUGUGUGAGUGAGUGUGUGUGAGUGAGUGUGUGUGAGUGAGUGUGUGUGAGUGAGUGUGUGUGAGUGAGUGUGUGUGAGUGAGUGUGUGUGAGUGAGUGUGUGAGUGUGUGUGUGAGUGUGUGUGUGAGUGUGUGUGUGAGUGUGUGUGUGAGUGUGUGUGUGUGUGAGUGUGUGUGUGAGUGUGUGUGUGAGUGAGUGUGUGUGUGAGUGUGUGUGUGAGUGUGUGUGUGAGUGUGUGUGUGAGUGUGUGUGUGAGUGUGUGUGUGAGUGUGUGUGUGAGUGUGUGUCUGUGUGUGUGUCUGUGUGUGUGUCUGUGUGUGUGUCUGUGUGUGUGUCUGUGUGUGAGUCUGUGUGUGAGUCUGUGUGUGAGUCUGUGUGUGAGUCUGUGUGUGAGUCUGUGUGUGAGUCUGUGUGUGAGUCUGUGUGUGAGUCUGUGUGUGAGUCUGUGUGUGAGUCUGUGUGUGAGUCUGUGUGUGAGUCUGUGUGUGUGAGGACAUUGAGGAAGUAACAGCCUGUCACUUUAAUGCCGUAGCUGAAUGUUUGUGCGAAACUAUUUUCACACAGAACACGUCGUCUUCAUUUCCAAACUCGUAAGCAUUCCUCUCUCCACAGGAGAGCUAAACUCAUUAACCUGUGCUAAUUACACUGUGUGUGUGUGUGUGUGUGUGUGAGAGAGAGAGAGAGAGCGCACACAUUAGUGACUCAGAUCAUUUAAGUUUAGGGUAAUGGUUUAAUCGAAUCUCUCCACACUUUAUUUAUUCUUCCUAAAAAAAGACAGAUUUCUAAUGUUAAUGAAAUAAAGAAUAAUGUUGGACGUGUUGAACGUGUUGUUCAGGUGAGAUCGUCACAACGGCAGCCUGGGGUCUGUUUGUGCAGUUCAGCACAGUGUCGAUCGCCUUCCUGUUUGAUAAUGAAGGACUAAUUUCAGGCACAUGGCCAAAACGUAUUACUUCACAACUCGUAAGCAAUAAACAUUGCAGAGUUUUAAUCCCAACAAAAAGUAGUUCAGACUUCUGGAUUUUGUAAAUGUCACUUUUAUUUCAUGCUGUUUUCUCAACGUCUUACGUGUAUUCUUCUUUGAACAAACUCUGUAUCUGAAAUUAUGGCAAAAAAACUAACUAAUUGUGCUUUUGUAAUCUUUGGUACAUCAAUACACUUUAAAUACGAAGAAUUAUCUUCUGUGGUUUUCUGCAUCUUCCUUGACAAAAAGUUAUUCACAAGACGGUUAAAAGUGCAAUAAAAAUGAAAAUGACA